AUAGAAGACUUUGGACUAAUUAAUGUAAGAGAAGAAAGAAGGAAUUUAGAAGAUGAGAAAGAAGAACUAAGAGAAAUAAUUCUGGGUAUAAAAGAAGAAACCCGAAUCUCUUUCAUACUGAUCGAGUUCCCUCAUAACCUCGAAAUGUUAACUUUUGUAGAAUGGAAGAUGAAAAAACAAUGUAGAAGUGUUGGAAUGACUAAGGAGAAGGACCCAAUUGAGGAGGAGACAGAGCUGAUCCCUAUGGAAGAGGAUAAAGUCCAAAUAUCUCAUGCAGGCGAGGAACAACUCCAUAAACCUACUAAAGAAGAUAGUGAUGGUAGAGAUACCUUCGAUGAGUUUGAGUAUGAGGAUGAGUUGUUAGAAGAAGCUGAAGGAUAUUACACCAACGCGCGUCCAAUUAAACAAGCUGCAUAUCGAUCAGGUCCCAAAGAGCAGGAAUUCCUAAAAGAACAAGUCAAAGAAAUGUUGAACAGAACUUCUGAAGAUAUGAUAGAGGAGAUGGAGGUUUUCACCUUAUGUGAUAGUUCUAGUUCCAGUUAUUGGCCAGAUGAAGUAUCAAUAUCAGACGAGUCAAGUGAAAUGGAAUGGGCUGAUAACAAAUCUGAAGAUUAUGACCUCUUAGAUAAUAGAAGCCAAGAUGAAGACUUCGAAGAUACUCAAUAA